AUGCUUCGAGAUUCUGGGCCAGAACAAAGCCCUGAGGGGUUGGAAAUGGGUGUCGCCCAGCACGGGCCCCAGGGCCUGGACUGGGAGGCGGGACCUCCAGCUCCAACUGUGGACAAAUUGCCCAACUUUGCUCAGAUUUCUCUCCACCUGGCGAGGGUCUCUGACCAGGGGCGCUUUCAGCUCUUACAUCGAGCGGCCCCUGGGCAGGUGCGCAGAGGAGUGCCUGCUGGAGCCCAUCAGCCAUGCAGGGAGCCUAUGGAAGAUGCUCCCACCGUGGCCCCAACACCUUCCCCCGCUCCUCUGACGGGACACCCUCUACCCCGGACCUCCUCAGUUUCUGUUCAUGCACACUCCUCCCUGAGUACUUCCUGGCCAUCGGAGCCUUUCCUUCCCCCAGAUGGCUUUUCACACCAGCCACUUGCUCUUCCCCCUUCCCCACCAUGGCUCCCUCCUUCAGAAGCCUGCCCUCCGCCUCUGACAGCCUCCUUGGCCCUGGAGCAGCCAGCCUCUCCUCUGACUCUCCCUCAGUGUGACUCAACGGCACCCCCACUGCACCCCGUCCCACAGAGCUCGUCUCCACACACCCCUUGGUUAGCUUCUUCUGUCCCAGCCAUCUCGGGCCUGGGCCGCUCAAGCUGUCCCAUCUCAGCCCUGUCCUGGUGGCAGGCGGCUCCCAAAACCUGGACCCUCUCCACCUCCACACGCUUGGAGUCCCAUCAAGAGCCUCUGGCCCACCGCCUACCAGAGGCCUUGUUCUGGGGAGACCCCGCACACAGACAGGGAGAGACUGGAAUCCCCCCUUUCAUCAACCUUGACAUCCAGAAGCUUCUGGAGAUACUAAUCGCCAAGAAAACAGAUCUGAAGACCCAGAAGGAGAAGGAAGAGAAGGAAGAAUCAGACCGCCACCUGACCUCUUUUGGGAGAAUGUUCAAGUCGCCAGGUGACAAGCAGGACACCAUGGGUGACCAACACUUCUGGAGCUUGAGAGGCAAACCAAAACAGCCGCUCAGUCCUGAGAAGCCCCCACAUCCCAAGACUUCGGGGGACAAUUUACAGCAGAAAUGCAACCAGCUCUUCUGGGGUCUCCCCUUUCUGCACAGUGAGUCCCUGGUGGCCACUGUCGGCGCUCAGCCCCAGCACCUGCUUCUGGAUCAGUCCCAGCCCCAGCCCCUCCCUCAGGCUCAGCCCCAGCACCUGCCUCUGGCUCAGCCCCAGCAGCUGCUUCUGGAUCAGUCCCAGCCCCAGCCCCUCCCUCGGGCUCAGCCCCAGCGCCUGCCUCUGGAUCAGCCCCAGCCCCAGGCCCACUUUGCACCCUCUGUCCCAAUCGGACCAUCUUCUCUUCCACCUGAGAUGGGGACCUAUGAGGUAUCUUGCCCUGAAUCCCAGAAGACACCAUCUUUCACCUCAAAUGCAAUUCAAAACCUGGAAUGUCACUUUUUGAAGAAGCAACUAGAAAGGGGCAGGACCUUACCUGCUGUGGUGAAAAGAUCUCAGGAAGUCUUUAGCCAAGGUUCUCCCGACCUUCCACAGGAUGGCCAGGACCCCCAGGGCCAUGGGUCAGUCUCUGUCCUUCCCAGGGACUUGAUCAACCCUGAGCUCCGGAAGCAACUGGAGUGGCACCUUUGGAAGAAGUUCAUGAAGCACCAAAGUGGCCUGUCCCGCAGGAUCCAGCUAUCUGUGAAGCGGUUACAGCCUCACAGAGAGUUCCAGAAGGUGCCACAGGCAAUCAGCCGGCACAGGCCCGCGUCUGAGUCUGACUCUACAGACGGAAGCUGCCAGGCUACACCGAGGACUGGGUCCAGGUACCCAGCAAGGACCAUGCCCAGGAAAAGCCUGGACAAGGAUUCAAGCUCUACUGCAGGGAGGAUCCGGAAAGAUCUACACAGGGGCUCGGCGAGCUCUCCAGGUAAGGCUCCAGGAAUAAAUUCUGAGGAGUCAGACACAGACUUGAAACCUGCAACAAGCAGUGCAGACAAGAAGCACCCAGAGAAGGUCCUAAGAGCCCAUUUGGGCAGGAAGUUGGGACAGAUCAGAGAAGGUCAGAUCCCUGCGGAUGUUCAUCGUUCCAGGCUCGCUGCCCACCAUGCCUUGGACCUUCUCAGAAAGCCAAGCACUCACAGGAAAACUGGAAAGCCAGCAUUUUCCGAGGGUUGGGAACCCUACAGGACCACCUCCCACAAUUUUUCCAUCCUCAGUCCGUACACUCAACGGAUGCUGGAAGCACAUAUUACAAGGUUUCGGGUGAAGCACAGGUGGAGCCUACCCCUCAAGGUCCUCAAGCCUAUAAAUCUCUUUAAGUUGAAAAAGAGCUUCUUUCCCCGGUCCUCUACUACCCGCUUAGCCACCUGUGUAUCUAAGGCAUGCCCCAAAACCGAGUUCUUGGGAAAACCUCCUCGGCCCCAUCAAGGAGAGGAGGCGGUAGAAGAGUCUUAUCCCAGCUUGGGGCGUCCUCUCCCUGCUCCCCAGCCUACAUGUGAGGAAACCCAGCAGGCCCUGCAAGGGACCCCACCACGUGAUGGCCGUGGGCCCUCGGAGGCCCCUCUGGCUGGACAGGAGGCCAGGUCACCUUCUCAGACCCUCCCAUACCGCUUUGUGGGCAGAAUCUGGCACAGGGAACCUGCCUCAGGGACUCUUAUGAAUAGCAGCCUGGAGUCAAGUCCAAGUCCAGCAACGGCCACGAGUGAGCCAAGGGAGAGUGGGGGUCAGGCCUCACAAGACUCCUGCUAUAGCAUAAAAGUGCUAGAGCUCAACUUAGAGUCCCAGUAUUUGAGUGCCAAAGAGUCCAGGGAGGCGGGGGAGGUCGAGGAGGCCCCUGCUUGGGGAGUCACCUUGGAACCCAGUGUGUGGGCCAACAACCAAACCAUCCGUGCGGAUCUGAGAAGAUCAGGGUCUUCAGAGAAAAGUGACAGCCCCUCGCCACCUACAGAGUUGUUCACCCAAGACCCAGAAGAGCUAUUCUUUGAUGCACAGUUCAGAGAGUUUGAGCUCCGGAAGUUGAUGAAGUCAGAGAAUCAGCCUCAAGACAAUGCCGCCAGCGUGCUCCUUCAAGACUGUGAAACUGGUGUCCUCCUUCAAGACUGUGCCACCGACAGCCUUCUUCAAGACUGUCAGUCCGAUGUAUUCCUCGCCGCAGACAUCUUGGCUUCUCAGGGUUCUCUGUCUGGCUUCCAGAGUGGGCCCAGUGAAGCACCUGGUCCAACUUCCCAGGUGCUGUAUGGCCUCAGAUCAAGCGGACAGAAAAUCCAGAGGGAGUCAGAGCCCCUGGGACUGCGGGACCAGUAUAAGAGCCGGAGCAAGUCAUCUGUGCCCACUGCUGAGAGAGAGUACUACAGGAGGCCCAGCCGGAGAGAGCCUGAAAAAGAGUUGUCAGCACUAAAGAUCCGCCACAACAGGGAGAUGAGCCACACUGCCCAGCACAAGGACGCAGUGGAGUCCUCAGGAAGCAAGGCCUGUCAACUCUUGCUGAAAAAGGAGACGGUUCCUCCAGAAAGCUACUUCAGAAGAAGGAUGAGGCACUUCAUACAGUGGUUUUUUCCCAGUAAAGGCAAAGGACUGCAAGAGUCCCUUCAAAAAGGCAAGUCUUCAUCAUCCCGGCGUCGGAGACCAGUCAUAGGCAGAUCAACUGUGGACAGUGCAACUGCCAAGGCUCAGGUGCUCAUGACAGCUGUGGGACAGAUCCUACAGGAGAAAAUGGUGCCUCACCAUGGGGUUAGGGCCCCGGAGUUCAGCUGGUGCCAAAGGGAUCUCCAGGCUUCAGCAGGUCCCAAUGUCUGCUACCACAGAGUCCUCUCCUAUCAAGAGCAGAGGAGAGUGAUGAGAAAGACAGCUGCCAAUCAGCAAGGCACCCCCAAGGGCCACAGCUAUGCCAACAAGACCGAGUGGAUCAGAAGCAGGGACAAUAGGGUGCCCCCCCAGUCCGGCGGCCGGGCCCAGGUGGAAAGAAGCCCCCUGCGGCUCCCACACGGAGGGUCGGGCGGCCGGGGCAGCAAGGCCUUCGGGCAGAGAAGCUUCAUUUUUGCGUCAUUUGAUAAGAUUGCACAGGACCGGGGGCCUCGGAAUAGACUCGGAGUCUGUGACCUUUACUCACCUGUGCGGCCCGCGGACAGCUCCCAGGGGACUGGCGGGCGCUCAAGGCCACGGCCCUGGCCCUGGGGGCCAGUCCUGCCCGGAUCCCGGUCUCGAUCUCCCCAGAGCCCGGAGGGGGAGGAGCUCAUCGGCUGGGGCUCGUCCCCCACCGGCCGGAGCGGACCUGUCCAGGAGGCGGGCGCAGGCCCGGAGGGGCCCCUGCCGGCCCUGUUCCCGGCCCGACGGCCUCCUCCGGGGGCCCACACACAUCGCUCCCGUGGGCGGGAGUCCUGCUCCGGGAGGAACCCCGACCCGACGGCAGCAGGCACGGCCCUGCCGCAGGCCCUCAGGACCCCACGCGCGCGGGGGCACCCGGGCGGCGGGGCGCAGCGGGCGCAGGCCUGCUCCGCCGCAGCUUCUCUCUGGAGCCCCGUCCUGCCCCGAGGCCCCCAGGGUGGGCCCAGCGCUGGCCCCGCGCACAGGACCCAGGGGAGGAGGGACCAGGACAGGGGGCGCGCGGGGCCCUCAGGAGCUCGGGGCGGGCGGCCCAAGGCCGGGUCCCUGAGCCUGGCGGCUGCUAGGUCCUCCCGGGGGCAGCAGCAGGGGGGUCGGGAGGUGGGGAAGCAGACGUGCACCCCACGCUCCUGCCGGGAGAGGAGCCACGGACAGGAUGCUGGUGGAACAGCCAGAAACAGGAAGGAGCAAGGCCCUCGGCCCCUCUCCUGCCAGACGGUGCAGAGACCCCGACAGACCCGCGCGGAGACCCCCGACAGACCCGCGCGGAGACCCCCGACAGACCCGCGCGGAGACCCCCGACAGACCCACACAGAGACCCCACACAGAGACCCCCGACAGACCCACACAGAGACCUCACACAGAGACCUCUGA